CCGAUGAAAAUAGAGGAAGCACGGAGCAAAUGUUUCCUAAAAGAAACUUUCAGGCAUUCGGUUUUUGAAACAGGACUUUCUUACACACAAGAGUCGCAGAGACGCCAGCAUCAAAGGAUUUUACUACAAAAGAUUCGUUCAGAAGAAGACGAAGAUCUUUGUUGAUGAACGAAAGAUACGUUUUUCAGACUCCCAUGAAAAUGAAAAUAGCUUGGCUUUUGUUCCUGUCCGUCUGCUGCACAACAACAGGCUAUGGUAAACCAACCGGCGAUAAGUUUUGCGAGACUGCAAAAACCUAUGCCUCGCCAUGUUCGAAGGACGGAAACCCUGGCUUCUGUUUCGAAAAGAAAUGUUAUUUAGCGUUUAAUCCAACGGCUCAACCGUUCCGCAUCAAAAUUCGUUAUCCUGAACGCAACGAGUAUGCAAAGAACGCAUUCGUGGAUGCCUCAAAGAUGUUUGUGCGUGGAAGCGGGCUCGGAUUGUCCUGGGAUGAAGGAAGAAUAAUGCAUAAAACACAACAAGAUACAUGGGAGCUUCGACUUGAAUACGCCAUACCAAGUAAUUUGGAUCUGGUGAACGGGAAGAAACCGCCAGCGCGAUUUGAAUUUCGUGUUUAUUUGGACGACUCGAAAAACAUGCUUGGCCCAAAUUUUCUUUUAAACCUCCCAAUGUCAACGAACGUUAAAAAUACUAGCAAGAUUCCAGAGUUCUGGGAGUAUCCGUGGUUUUUCAACGAGAAGGGAACGGUUGAAAGGCGAACAAUAUACUCACCGCAAUUGGGCGAGGCUCGUUCAAUCAACGUAUCUUUGCCGCCAAGUUUUCAAGAGAAUACUUAUAAAAAAUAUGAAACAUUAUUUGUCAACGACGGGCAACGACUGGGCCUUUUGUUACCGCAGCUGAAUAUUUUGAUGGUAGAACGAGCUUUGAUUAAAGAGGUUCUGGUCAUUGGAGUUGUUAAUUCCUACGCGAACAGGACACGGUUACUCGCAGUUAGUAAUGGCACUGAUGUUCAUUGCAUAAAUGGCACGAUGCAAAACCGCUGCAACGGUUGUGUAUCGUGUAGAUCCUCGUUUUGUUCUUAUGAACAACUAGUCGAUGACUACAGACGAUGCUACAGGUGGCUUGCUAUGCCUAAGGUCAAUGGUCAGUUAUACUUGGAUUUCAUCCAAGACACUUUGAUCCCGGAAUGUGAGUCGAAGUACCGGAGCCUCGCGGGUCCUCAGAACUACGGCAUUAUGGGAUUCUCUCUUGGCGGCAUGAUAUCGUGCCACGCCAUCUGGACGCGCCCUCAAACAUUUGGAUCAGCAGCUUGCAUGUCGCCAUCGCUAUGGUGGCCAUUUCCCGAGAACGCGACGUUUCCCGACGACGCUGGAUACGAGUUUACGAGGAGCACGCUGAUGAAGCACAGGGGAGUAAGACCGAGGCAGAAGAUAUAUAUUGAUGUGGGGAGCAAUGAGGGAUAUGUGAUGAUCAGCCCGGCUAGAAACGCCUCGAAGAUCCUUGCAAGUACGCCGUAUUUUGAAUUGAAUACAAAUCUAUGGUUCUAUAUUUGGGACGAUGAGUAUCAUAUGUUUAUGCAGAGCGUACAACGAAUGUGGAUACCGCUGAUUGCAUUUUAUGGUACUGAAGGCUCUGCGCAGACUGAGAUCGAAAGAAUCGUGAACGUGGCAGUAAGAAAGAAUAUCUCAUCGAUGACUUUAUUGUCAAUGCUUGUGCUAGCACUGGCGUGCUCGAUAUUUGUGUAAGAAAUGUCGUAAUAGCUGAUGGUUAAUUAGCUAGAUUUUUGUAGUAUACUUUAUUCUAAUCACAGAUAAAUGAUCCAAUUGUGAAACGUAAUUUUAUUGCCUUGCAACAAUUUCGAAAUUACCAUUGCCUUACUCCAGUAGGCUAUAUGUAUAUAUAUCAAGACCAGUAGCUGUUGAAAGGCCAUUGGUUGAAAAUUCAAUGACUUUCGAUGUCUCGCGUGUUUGUACCUCGAAGCUUCGUGUGCGUGCGUCACGCUUUCUCGUCGCAUUCCGCACGCAAGAAACAGGUUGAAACAGGCAAAACCUCUUUCUUAAUUUCUCGGCAAGACUGAGGGAAGCCUUCCUUCAAUCAGAAACAGUCGAGAGUAUAAACGUGUAUUAUUCUGUCAUAGUUUACUUGUAUCAUAGUUUACUUGAAAUAAAGCACAAAAAUAA